AUGGCCGAUGAAGUAACGAAAAAAUUAGAAGAAACAUGCCGGCAAAAACUACUUUUUUACAUAACCGCCUUUUUUAUCCUUCUCGGAAUAUUCAGCUUGUUUGCUUUUUUAUUUCUCGUACCAUUCGUCAUUGAUCCUGCCUUCACGACAAUCUUCAUGCAAUUCGAAGAAAAACCAGCCGUGUGCGUGACGGUUUCGACGGUGACAAAUAGAGGAGCUUCCAAUUGCACGUGGAGUUCUUGCAAGGAAGGUUGCACAAAAGAACUUUACGAAUGUACCCAAAUAUUAGUCAAUUAUAAAUUCGACGAGGAAGCAGAAGAAGAAGAAGAGGUCAUCAUCGAUUCUUCGGAUUCCGACGUUAAAAACGAUGAUGAAUUACAAAGUAGUAGUAGGAGAAUAAGAAAAAGAUCUACUUUUCAUUACACUCUCUUCAAAAUGGCGGAAACUUACGAAUCGUUUUUCAAUCGAGAUAGAUAUAAUCAAAGGGAAACGAGAGCGAUACGAGAUGAUUACGAUUAUUUUACAAAUGAAAUAGAUGAUGUGGAUGAAGGUUUACAGGGAAAUAAUUCUGAUUGGUAUUACGUGAGAGCGAAAUUAUUUCCAAACGUGAAAGGCUGUGGUUAUCCUCCGAUAUUAAAUUGUAGCAUAUUUUUAAAAACUUAUAAAACAAUAGGAACAAAUUUUUCGUGUUAUUUUUCGAGAAUCGAUCCUAGUUUGGUCAUAAACGAAUUCGAUCUCGAUCAAGUUUAUUUGAAUUUGAUAUACGCUAUGGCAAUACCCAUACCUUCAUUUAUAAUAUCCGUCGUUUAUUUGACCAUUGCUUAUUUUGUCAUUUACGCCGAAGAACCACCUCCUAAACCUCGCAUUAUUAGUCCUUCUAUGUUGACUCCCGUACCGCCUCCGACGAGUGGAGCUUUGACGCCUGCAAGUGAGGUCUUCCGCGAAGAUCUGGCCAGUUUCGGUCACGAUUUUAAAGUUGCCAUGGCGGAUGAGGCUAGUAGAGAAAGUGUUGCUACUUGCAUCGAUGCCGUCCCUAAUUCUAAUUCCAAUUCGAACGGAUCUCAAGUAUUAUUUUUUAAAAAAAUGAUAAAAAAUUUUUUUUCUUAUUUGAAUUUUAGAAACUUGAUGAAAAUAAUGACAACGAGUAUCUCAACUCCUCCUGGGCCGAUAGCCGCGGUUUGA